GGCUCGCCGCCCCCAGUGACCCCGUCCGCCCAUCUCCCCCGUUCGGCUUCGGCCGUUUCCACCACGGCACCUGUGCACCUGCGCUGCCCCCAUCAUACCAUACCAUUCAUUCACUCCCGCCCGCUCCGCGCCGCCACCGCCGCGCUGCCACCGCCGCGCUUCACCCUCCAGUGGUUCCCACUCCGCCGCGGCCGCACCCAAACCCGAGUUUCCCGACCCCACCGCCGCGCGCGGUUGUCCGUGGCGCGCGCCCAUGGAGCCGUCCGCGGCCAAGAGGGCGCCGGCCGCGCCGCCCUCCGGUAAUGCGGCGGACCACGUCCUCCUCAUCCCGCCCGACCACCCCCCGCAGCCCGCGCCGCCGCACGCGGGCAACAUCAACCAGCAGCCGCCGAGCGCCGCGGCCUCGGAGGCCCCCAAACCCUCGCAGAACCCCGAGAAGCCGCCGGUGGUCUCGAGCCCCUCGCGCCCGCCGCUGCCGCCCGCGCUCCUCCGCCGCCGCUCCUCCAUCUCCAAGCCCAAGUCCCGCUUCGUCGAGCCGCUGCCGCCCACGCCGCCGCACCCGGACUCCGCCCACCCCUCCCCCGUCCACCCCGCCGCCGCCACCCCGACCCACCGCGGCGCCGCGGGCGUCUCCACGCCGCACACCCCCGCGGAAGCCGACGACGAGGAGGACCUCUUCCGCAACAGGGACGGCUCCCGGAGCCCCGCCUCCGCGGCGCGGUGCCGCCGCCGGGCGCGCCUCGGCCUCGAGCUCUCCGUGCUCGUCCUCGUCCUCGCGCUGCUCGUCGUCAGCGUCGUCGUGCGGCCCCUGCGGGGGCGCGUCCUCUGGGGGCUGGAGAUCUGGAAGUGGUGCGUCAUGGUCACCGCCGUCUUCUCCGGCCACCUCCUCAGCCGGUGGCUCGUCACGCUCAUCGUCUUCGCCGUCGAGCGCAACUUCCUGCUGCGCACCAAGGUGCUCUACUUCGUCUUCGGGCUCAAGAAGAGCUUCCAGGUCUGCCUCUGGCUGGCCCUCGUGCUCAUCGCGUGGUCGCAGCUCUUCGACCAGGGAGGGGCCGGCCGCUCGCAGAAGACCGCCAGGAUCCUCAACUACGUUUCCAGGUUCCUCGCAUCCGGGCUCAUCGGCUCCGUCAUCUGGCUCGUCAAGACCUUCCUCAUGAAGUUGGUGGCGUCCACGUUCCACCGGAAGACCUUCUUCGAUCGGAUCCAGGAGAGUGUGUUCCACCAGUACGUGCUGCAGACGCUGUCGGGCCCGCCACUGAUGGAGCUGGCGGAGAAUGUGGGCCGGGAGGGAAGUGGGCUUGGCCGGGUCAGUUUCAGCAGGGCCAAGGAGGAGAAAGGGAAAGGUGUGCCGGAGGUGAUUGAUGUCGUCAAGCUCAGGAGGAUGAGCCAGGAGAAGGUGUCAGCAUGGACGAUGAGAGGGCUCAUCACAGCAAUCCGAAGUUCUAGGCUCUCAACCAUAUCUAAUACUAUCGAGAGCUUCAAUGAUGUUGAUGGCAUGGAACAGAAGGAUAGAGAGAUAAAUAGCGAGUGGGAGGCGAAGGCGGCAGCAUAUGCCAUAUUCAAGAAUGUUGCAAGGCCCGGCUAUAAGCAUAUUGAGGAGGUAGAUCUGCUGAGAUUUCUCACCAAAGAGGAAGUGGACCUGGUGAUUCCACUGUUUGAGGGAGCAUCAGAGACGGGAAAGAUCAAAAAGUCUGCUCUGAAGAAUUGGGUGGUCAAAGCAUACCUCGAUCGCAAAUCACUAGCACAUUCUCUGAAUGACACAAAGACUGCGGUUAUGCAACUUCACAACCUCAUCAGUGUUAUAGUUGUCAUUAUAAUCAUCAUCAUCACACUACUGUUGAUGGGCAUUGCAACAACCAAAAUCCUUGUUGUCAUCUCGUCCCAGCUUCUGGUUGUGGUAUUCAUAUUUGGGAAUGCCUGCAAAACUGUAUUUGAGGCCCUUAUAUUUGUAUUCAUCAUGCAUCCAUUUGAUGUUGGUGACCGCUGUGUUAUCGAUGGAACACAGAUGACUGUUGAAGAAAUGAAUAUAUUGACUACUGUUCUCUUGAAGAAUGACAACGAGAAAGUAUAUUAUCCAAACUCUGUACUGUCCACAAAGCCAAUCAGCAACUUUUACCGAAGCCCUAACAUGUACGACACUAUUGAUUUUGCUAUUCAUGUUUCAACUUCAGUUGAGAGCAUUGGAGCUUUGAGGUCCAAAAUCAAAGGGUAUCUGGAAAGCAAACCAACACAUUGGCACCCUGUCCACACGGUAAACCUGAAGGACAUCCUGGAUGUGAACAAGAUCAACAUGUCUCUAUCUGUACAGCACACAAUGAACUUCCAAAACAUCAGGGAGAAGAACAUCAGGAGGUCUGAGCUUGUCAUGGAGCUAAAGAAAAUGUUCGAGGAGAUGUCCAUCCGGUACCACCUUCUGCCCCAGAAAGUUGAGCUCACCUAUGUCGGCCCAAACCCGUUGCCCAUGGCUGUUGCUCAGGCAAGAUAGAAGAUGGGGAGCUGUUAUACUGACAACCUAUGACAGAUUUCAUGGUGGGGUCUGACAAUGGCCACCAAGUUCUCAGCCGAUGAGGUCAAGGAACAGAAUCAAGGAACGCAGUAUGUUACUCGUGAAAGUUCUGACAAGGCAAGGAUGAAAUUGCCAGCGGGGCGAGGGGAUGCGGCAUGGUUCAUUGGUUCCAUUUUCCCUGGUGACUAUGGGUCUGACAACUGAUGACUAGCUGUAGUCUGUACUCAAGUUCUUCAAACUAUGUGCAUGCUGGACAGAUCAUACAAUAAUUUGUGCUAGAUAAUGAAUCUGUAAGCUGCGACUCUGUGUGGUACUGGUGAUCGAUGAUUUGGGCUUGGCUUUGACCCCAUUAGGAUGUGUUACACCAUCCAGUGCGGUACAGGUGAAACUGUGUAGAAAUAGUGAUCACCCAGCCACAAAACUGUGAGAUUGAAGUUGAUCUUGUGAAGUGGGAUGCAGAAAGCCUGAAACCGUCUGGAUUCGGCCCACGGUUUUUCUGGGCUGCAGUGCAGAGAAUGUGAACAAUCGCCGCGGACAGUGCAAUUGUCUUCGUGUAUAGCUGCAUGCGUGCUUGUACGGGACGGUGACGCGCGACAAGAACUGACCUUUUCCUCUAAGACUUGGAAUGCUUUGCUGUCCUGGACCAUGGUUCUUGCUUUUUGAUGCGUCUUGGUGGAUGUAGAUGGAAUGGUUAGCUAAUGGAAAAUGUCACUUUGCAGAGCAUACUCUCCAAGAUGGAAUGAUUACCAAAAUUCAGUCGCUCGGAUAAGAUUGGCAUGGCUUUUGCUGGUAUCAUCAAAUUAAAGGCUGGCAUGGAUUUUGUUUAUAUUUACCCGAGUCAAAAAUGGUCAAUAGAUUGCUUAUACUGGUUUUCUCGGAUCAUUCUAUGCUCUCCUGUUCUUUUC